AUGUACAGCGAUGACUCGGCAGCGUCCGAGGUGGAGUCUGAAGUUGAGGAAGCCUACGGCGACGGCGGCAGUGAGGUCGCUAGCGAAAUUGCAGAGAGCGUCGAUGUGCGGGAAUCGCCGGCCAAGUUGAAGCAGCAGCCCAAGCAACAGACACCGAUCAAGGCUUCGGUCUCGGAUGCCUACGAGGAAGACGAAGACGGAUACAGCGUCGACUUUGAAGACGACUUCGAAGAGGACGACGAGGAAGCACCCGCCGCUCGACCCCCACCUUCAGCCCCGAUCACCAAGGCUCCGUCACCAACUCGUUCCGUCAUCAGCAAUGCGCGUCGUUCCGCAGUGCAGUCUGAUGAUGCCUCGGCGUACGAGUACGAGUAUGACGAAGCCUCCUUCGAGGAGGAAAGCCGCCGCUCACAGAGCCAGCGAAGCUUAAGCCAAAGCAACCGCGUCGUAGAUCUGUCAGUGCGAUCAGCGCCCACGGCGGCAGCGCUUGCAUCCGUCGCAGAAGAAGAAGCCGAGGCCGUCGCCACCAUUCAAAGCAAGCAGUUUUCACUGCUGCUGCGCAAAGUGGAGAGCAAGUUCGAGGACGAAGUCGAGGAGCUACGAGAAAAGAAUGCCUUGCUCACGUGGAAGGAGCGCGAGCUGAAGGCGUCGCUACGUCGAGCCAAAGAAGAGCUCACAAUGCGCAAGGUGCGUAUCGAAAAAAAGCGUCGGCGAGCUGCCGAUCGACGGCGAGAGCACGAACGAGCAGCGGAGCGUGUGCAGCAGGAGCUUGCAGCAGCACAUUCCGCCGUUUCGGAUCGGGAGCGCCGGAUAGAGGAACUGCAGUGUGAACUCGCUCAGAUGCGCGAGGUGCUGCAUAAUGUCGAGCGAGAGAAGCACGAGGCGGAAGACCGCAACUUGGCCCUUGCUGAGAAGUUGCAAGCAGCACUAGGAGACUUUCACCAGCUCACGUGCAGCUUUGAAGAUGCUGUAAACGCCAAACUCGCCUGUGAACAGCGCAUCGAAGAGCUCAAGGGCAUGCAUCGCGUACAGCUCGAAGUAUUGGAGCACAAGUGCCGAGUUGACGUUGAAGCUGCUCGUCGGGCACUCGCCGACGAGGUUGCAGCGCGCACUGCUGAGCGCCAAACUCUGCCCGAGAUCCACCAGCGCAUUGUCGAAGCGGAGAAAGAGCGCUUCGAGAAGCUGGAGGCAGCGCUGCAUAAACAGAUGCGCGAACUGGAGUCGCGUGCCGCGCAGGAAGCCAUGACUCACGCUGCAGAGCUGGCUCGAGCCACUGAGGCUAAGCACCAGGCUGAGCAACGCGCAGAACGGCGAAUACAGGAUGAAGUUGACAGGAUAGCACGCGAGCGCGAUGCUGUCGACGAGCAACGACGAGAGCUGCUGGCGUCGGUGGCUCGCACGAACGCUCGCUUCGACGAGGAGCGGGGCAAGAUGGAAGCCCGGAGCUGCGAGCUGGACACCCGGCGCUCCCAGCUUGCAGACGAGCGCGCAGAGCUCGAGGCCCGUGUCGGAUACAUUGAGCAGCGCACGCGUCGUCUGGAAGAGGACGAGGCGCUGGUCGAGAGGCGGCGUACGGAGCUUGCCGCCGUCGGGCGUGAGACGCUGGAACGGUCGCAUGCUCUAGCCCGACGCGCUCAGGAGUUCGCUGACGCCAUCGCCGAGCGCGAGAAGCUGCGCACUCUCGUGAGGGUUCUGACGGAGCGCUCAGAGCGGAGCGAGCAGCGCGCGAUGAUGCUGGAGCAGGACCGCGAGAAGCUCGAGGCCGCGACCCAGGCGCUGCAGCAGGAGCGGUUGCUUGUGGCCAAGCAGCGCGUGCAGUCUCGCUACUUCCUGGACGGCGCGCGCAAGCUCGAGAGCAUGCUGCACCAGAAGCACUGCGUGCUCGAGGCGGCGGACAAGCGCCAGCAUCUGCAGCCCAAGAGUAACCAGCUCGAGCACCGGGACAGCUACAAGCAAAGCACAUGUUGA